AUGGACAAGCCUCAAAUUAUUGGCCACCUUCACAAAUCACUAAAUUACACUCUCUUUGAUUGCAAAUGGCUCCCGGUCAGCACUAAAUUCGUCGUUGUUGGCUCAAAUCCACGAGAUACAGGUCAACUUCAAGUCUACGAUGUUACUGCAACGGACCUAAAACUUGUCUACGAGGUUGAAAAAUCCAAGUCCUACAAGUGCUGCACGUUCGGUGCCUCUCGUCUUCCGAGUGCCCAUUUGGCCACGGGUGCUUUUGACGGUCGAAUGGCCAUAUGGGACCUCGAUGAUGGUGGCCGGCUGGAUGCUCCUCUAUACGCCGUUAAAGCUCAUGACGAGAUAAUUAACACCAUUGAUGGAGUGGGCGGUUUAGGUGUUGGUGAAGGCGCCCCUGAAAUCGCUACGGGAUCGCGUGAUGGCUCCGUGAAGAUUUGGGACCCUCGCCAACCGAAAACACCCGUCGUUACUAUGGCACCAGCCGAGACUGGAGAAAACACUUCUGGGGAUGGACCGAAGGAGAACCCUCGGGAUUGUUGGUCAGUUGGAUUCGGUCAUGCCUACAACGUUCACGAUCGGUGCGUUGUAGCUGGUUACGACAACGGUGACAUCAAGCUGUUUGAUCUUCGUGCCAUGCGAGUUCGUUGGGAGAAGAACGUCAAGAACGGCGUCUGUUCCAUUGAGUUUGACCGGAAGGAUAUUGAGAUGAACAAGCUAGUUGUGACUACGCUGGAAUCAAAGAUCCACGUCUUCGAUAUGCGCACUCAGCACCCUGAACGGGGCUUUGCGUCUCUUACCGAAAAGGCCCACGACUCGACUGUUUGGCAGGUGCGGCACCUGCCACAGCAACGAGACAUCUUUAUUACAACUGGUGGAAACGGUUCGCUUAACUUGUGGAAGUAUCACUAUCCUGCUAAACGCCAAAAAAUGGUUAGGCUUCCAGCGGCUGGCGAGGGCCAACCAGAGAGGGAGGUAGCUGAGGGUGUAAUGGGGAAGCUUUCUUUGCUGCAAAACAUUACUUUGGCUUCUCAGCCGAUAUCUGGUCUAGACUGGUGCAAAGAAAAGAUGGGUCUGGCCGUUUGCGUCGGCUUCGAUCAGGUUUUGAGACUAUUGAUUGUAACGAAGCUGAACCGCGUGUAA